AAAAACGUGUGAACUCGACCGAUAUAACGCAGCUGUCAGUUAUUAAUAACCUCACUAAUCUGUGUUUGUGCUCUUGGUGCCCUGAUAGCCCGAAGUGUAGUCCCGGUCAUGAGACUGAUUGGUCAAGGGGCUAUUUGAGAGCCGGCCAGUUCCAAGCAGCAAGUUCGACGACAGAGAUUAGUCGAGCCGAGUAGAAAGGAGUACCGAAAAACAGUCACAAACUCAGUUGUUUGUACUUCGGACGAGCAUUUCUUUUUUUAAUCUUCUCUCACCAUCAGCGUCGAAACACAUAGAGAGGUACCCUGUCCUCUAUUGUCUUGGUGUCUGGGAGAUAAGGACCAAGAAGUGAUGAGGACAGUCUGGCCUCUUCUGGCUGCAGGGCUGUUCUCGACUCUGUCCCAGGUGGCUCUAGUCCGAGGCUGUCCAGACUCCUGUGAGGAAUGCUCAGGGCCUCAGAAUGAUCUGUGUCUGGUGUGCCAAACCGGCUGGACCCUCCAUGACAACGAAUGUGUAGACAUAGAUGAGUGCGGCACAGAGCUGGGACCGUGUCCCCCCAACAUGUACUGCUUCAACACAGAAGGCAACUAUCAGUGUAGAGGCUGUGACAAGGCCUGUGUGGGCUGCAUGGGCACUGGGCCAGCCCGCUGCAGGAAGUGUGCAACCGGCUACAGACUGACAGGAGCCAAAUGUUUAGAUGUAGAUGAGUGCAGUGAGCAUGUUCUGGCAUGUCCAGGCCUGGACAAGAUCUGUACCAAUGUGGAGGGCUCUUUUCGCUGUGACUGUGCUGAAGGCUUCACACUCAAGGACAACAUCUGUGUGCAGAAACGGCUUCACGGAGGUGGGGGCGAGAAAGGUCUGUUCGAGGACAUCCAGGAUGAAGAGGUGGAGGUUCUUCAGCAGAUGUUCUUUGGGGUGCUGCUCUGUGCUCUGGCCACCCUGGCUGCCAAAGGAGACAUGGUGUUCACCUCCAUCUUUAUGGGUGGAGUGGCGGCCAUGGCUGGAUACUGGCUCUCAGACAGGGGGAACCGUGCAUUGGACAGCUUCUUGAAGGGGCAUUAGAGAAACCCAGCUCAGGACUUAUUUGCCUUUUGGAGUGUACGUGUGUCUAAUGUAGGACUUAUUAUCCUGUAAAGAGGUAUAUCCAUCUACACUAGCACUUAUCCUGUUGGGGGUAGAUGUAUCUACACUAGCACUUAUCCUGUUGGGGGUAUAUGUAUCUACAGUAGGACUUAUUAUCCCAUUGGGGUAUAUGUAUCUAUUGUAGGACUUAUUAUCCCAUUGGGGUAUAUGUAUCUAUUGUAGGACUUAUUAUCCUAUUGGGAUAUAUUUAUGUACUGUAGGACAUAUUUUCCUAUUGGGGUAUACAGUAUCUCACCGAAGUGAGUACACCCCUCACAUUUUUGCAAAUAAUUGAUUAUAUUUUGUCAUGGUUUGAUGAAUUUGUCAUGUUUGUCAUGUGACAACACUGAGGAAAUGACACUUUGCUACAAUGAAAAGUAUUGAUUGUACAGCUUCUAUGACAGUAUAACAUUUUCACUUAGGGGUGUAAACACUUCUGUUGCCAGCGGUUUAGACAUUAAUGGCUGUGUGUUGAGUUAUU